UCUCUUCAUCUUUUAUUUCACCCGCAGAACCAGCAAUUUUAAUUUUCGAAUGGUUUUCCCUCCAAUCGAUCGAUCGCUGGCAAACGAUCCAUAAAAGCGCGCGAAACGAUAUCGGCGGAGACGACGGGAUCGGUGCGCGGCGACAUUGCGGAAUGGAUCGAAAGAGAAAGCGCGUUUCGUAAGAACAACAUGGAGCACAAGUUUAAUACAGGAAUGGAAUGGGACUUCUUCCAGUCUACCUGCGACUGCGUGUCAAAGAGCAAGGGAUUCGUUCGAUCGUUUAAUUCUUAAUUUCUGGAACCCUCGAUUGUUUUGAUCUCGCCGAUUAAGAAACACAGGAAAAAGAAAAAAAAAGAAAAGAAAGAGAACGUGUCCCGAGCACGCUUCCGGGUGUUUCACCGUGUGUGACUUUUUAUUUAAGAGAGGCCGAGCCGCGAAUUCGAACGAGUUCAUUUUCCUUCCCCGAAACACGAAGAUGCGAAGAAUUGUUUGGGGACGAGAAAUCUCGAGAUUUUGCAUUCUUCUACUCUGCUGUCCCUUUGAUCUAUCCGUUUGUCUGCCGGCGGAGCAACCGAUCAGAUACACGUUGAGCACCGGUGACAUAAAAACGAGAGAUACCGGUACAAGGACGCCGUUCAAUUUCGAAGAACGAAAUCGAGCAGUGGCGAGCGAGUCGCAAAACAACGUGGUCACAGUGGAGAAGUCGGUGUCCAUGAAUUACGAACCGAUACAAUUUGGAACGACCGAGUAUCCUCCAGUGACAAACACCCAUUCAAGCGCUCGCGAGACCGUGAGAUUGGAGAACGAGACGGCGCAGAGUUUUUUCGAGAAGCCAAUCUCGAAGCCCAUCGCCAAUGUAUUGGACACAUUUCUGAAGCCUACGCCAUUGGUCGACGGUAUCAAGGAAGAAGAAAAAUAUGGAAAUUCAGGAGACAAGUUUAUCGGAAUUGGUCGUGCUCUGGUAACUGGUUACCAAGAAUUCAGCAAUUUUCUCAAUGCUCUCGUUGACUUCCCGCGUAAAACUGCAAAAAAGGCCACGUCGGAAAUCUCAGGGAUGCUGAAUUAUAUCGGUGCACGGCUGAUCGGAUUGGAAUGACUGAAGGAUUGUAAAUAUCGUAGAAUAUUUUGGAUAAUCAAAUUCUAAUUAUCCGAAAUCUUUUGUUUUUCAUAAUUUUAUACGUUGAAUAAAUUUUUGUUUUUUGCUUUUU